GAUAUCACCAUACCAGCGCCAUACAAGUUCCUUUCCUUUCAGGCUAGUGAAUUGGGACCACCAUAAGGGAUACUUUGGUUAUUUAAAGCCAGUUACAAUCCCCUCCCCUGCGCAGAUGCUUCCAUAACUAAAUUGCUUUGACAAAGAACUCGGACGUGGAUUCCUCCAGAGAACAACAACGAACCAGUGUCUACCACGUGGUGGCAGUGCCUCACCCAAGCCGAAGCCACAUCAACUCACUGAUGAACUUCUGCAAGUUGCUUGCUUCACAAGAGAGAGACAUUCUCGUCACCUUCGUCCUCACACAAGAGUGGCUUGGCCUCAUCGGCUCCGACUCCAAACCCGACAGCAUUCGGUUCGCUGCCAUUCCCAACGUAAUCCCAUCUGAGCAUGUCCGUGUCGCCGACAUGGAUGCCUUCUUAGAUGCCGUCAGGACCAAAAUGGAAGAGCCUUUCGAGCUCCUUCUGGAUCAGCUGGAGCAGACACCUAGUUUGAUAGUAGCUGACACUGUACUGCAUUGGACAGUCGCUGUCGGAAACCGAAGGAAUAUCCCAUCGGCGUCGUUUUGGCCAAUGUCCGCUUCAUUUUUUUCUCUUUUUCAGCAUUUUCGCCUUCUCUCGCAGAAUGAGCACUUCCCAGCUAACCUCUUGGAGAAAGGAAACGAACGUGUGGACUACAUUCCAGGAGUUUCUCCGACACGACUAGCGGACCUCCUCCAGUUUGUUUAUGAAAGCAACCAAAAGAUUCUAGGCCUUUUGUUAAACUCCUUAUCUUGGGUACCUAAAGCACAAUACAUGUUAUUCCCUGCCACCUUCCAUGAACUUGAAACCCUAACCAUCGACGUUUUACGAUCAGAAUUAUCACUACCCAUUUACACUAUGGGCCCACCAAUACCCUACUCCAAGGAAAAUGACCUCCCUACCCCAGUUCCUAGUGAUGAUAGCUACUUCCAAUGGUUAGACUCUCAACCUUGUAGCUCAGUUUUGUACAUCGGCAUGGGAAGUUUCCUUUCAUUUUCUAGCGCCCAAAUUGAUGAGAUCGCUGCCGGUUUGCGCAACAGCGGCGUUCGGUUCAUUUGGGCGGCUCGCGGAGAAUCCGAAAGGUUAAAGGAGGCUUGUGGGGACAUGGGGUUGGUAGUGCCUUGGUGUGACCAAUUGAGGGUUUUGCGCCAUUCUAGUAUUGGGGGGUUUUUGAGUCACUGUGGUUGGAACUCGGUUAUGGAAGGUGUUUCUGCUGGUGUUAUUUUUCUUACCUUACCUAUACUUUACGAUCAAGGAAUGAAUAGUAACCAGAUUGUGGAGGAAUGGAAGGUUGGGUGGAGGGUGAGGAAGAUUGAGGACAAAAUUGACCAUUUGGUGACAAAAGAGGAGAUUGCAGGCUUAAUGAAGAAGUUUAUGGAUUUGGAGGAUGAUGAAGGGAAGGAAAUGAGGAGGAGAGCUAGAGAACUUAAGCAGUUAUGUCAUGAUGCCAUUGCAGAAGGUGGAUCAUCCCAUACCAACAUCAAGGCCUUCAUUAGAGAUAUUUCUCAUAGGGCGUGAGGGUUGAGCAUUUCUUGUUUUGUUGUUUGCCUUUAUUUCGUUGUUUCGUUCUCGUUUUCUAUCAAAUAAAACUGAACAUUUUUGUUGAUGUUUGUGGUGAAAGUGUUCAAAACUUGUAGUAACUUGUUCAGUGGCAGAUUUAAAAUUCAAAAUUCGAGGGGUCUUAGUGUAAUGAUCUUUCUUAUUUAACAAA